UGAAGAUGCUGUAUUCCACCGUUAGUAGAGAAACAGAGCCUACCUUGACAAAGCUCCUGAGGGGUAAACCACAGAAAAAAAUUAGGCUACAUAUUUUUAAUAAACCGAUUAAUGGGAUUUUCCUUCCCGGAGAAUCCUGAAGCUGGAGCAUACUGGAAAAGGGGCGCAUUCCAAACUGAUGAACAGCCUUUUCUUUCAGUGAGACCUGAAGUAAAACGACGCAGCAAUGACAUUCUACUGGUAAGAGCACCAGCCGUGCGCAGCUACAUCGAGCACAAAAUAACUAUUGUGGGGAUAGAUGAUUGAUAACGCAACUGCUAUAGCGCAGGCCGGGAGACGGAAACAUAUGUACUUGUCUUAUUGUACAGCUGGUUCAGUGACACUGGGUGCUGCAUGGAUUGUUAUUGCAAUCAGUCCUUCUACAUCAGCCACUUCUACCAGCCAUUACAAAUUACUUUGAUUCCGGACGGCUUGCCGAGGAGGAAUAUUGCUGCAGAGCUACAGGGGAAUGCCAUGUGUCGUGGCGCGACAUAAGAAGCGCUUUGUGGUGUGUUUUCCACCGGGGACAGGUGGUGUUGGGAGGUAGCGGGUGUAUAUGAAAACACAACCAGGAGACAGUUGUCUUAAGGAUGUCACGCUGCCGUACAGGAUAUUUUUUUUUUGCCAGAGACAGAUGAGACAGAGAGGAGUAGGCUAGUAGUUUACAAAUUAGGUUAGGCUUAGGUUUGACGAAAACAUCGGAUCACUCUCUCCUCUUCUUACAUACUGGAUAUUAAUCCAGGGGAAAUCAGACUGUAGAGAGAGGCAAGAACUGUGUAACGGCCGCGUUCCGGGCGCACCCUUUACGCGACAAUAAGCGAGUCUGUGUUCUACGGCUGCCAUGGCGACCCUGGCCCCACCCUUCUUCCUGCUGUUUUGGCUCCUCCGAUUGGCCAGCGCCACAUUUCCAGAGGAACCGGGGCCUCUGAAUUUUAUACCCACUGAAGUGGUACGGCGGUACCCAGUGUUUCUGGGUCGGCCACAUCGUUCAUCCCUGAGACAGGAGACACUGCAUAUUCAGAGAGUUCUCAAGGUGAACCGGACCCUCUACAUUGGAGCCAGAGAUGACCUUUUCCGUGUGGAGCUGGACAAUGUGGCGGGAGAGGAGAUGUUCUACAGUAAGAAGAGAACAUGGGAGUCCAACAAAAACGACAUCAGGACCUGCAGGAUGAAGGGCAAGCAUGAGGACGAGUGUCGGAACUUCAUGAAGGUUUUGCUGAGUCGACAAGGAGGUCUGUUUGUCUGUGGGACCAACGCCUUCAAUCCGCUGUGUGCCAACUAUACUGGAGACACACUGGAGAUGGUGGGAGAGACGGUCAGUGGCAUGGCCCGCUGCCCCUAUGACCCUAAACACGCCAACGUGGCUCUGUUCGCCGAGGGGAAUCUGUUUACGGCCACUGUGACGGACUUCCUGGCAAUAGAUGCAGUGAUCUACCGUAGCCUGGGGGACAGUCCUGCACUCCGCACUGUCAAACACGACUCCAAAUGGUUCAGAGAGCCCUAUUUUGUCAGUUCAGUUGAAUGGGGUCCUCACAUCUACUUCUUCUUCAGAGAGAUGGCCGUGGAGUUGAACUAUCUGGAGAAGGUACAGGUGUCUCGGGUGUCUCGGGUGUGUAAGGCGGACCUGGGGGGCUCUCAGAGGGUGUUGGAGAAGCAGUGGACGUCGUUCCUGAAGGCCAGACUGAACUGCUCCGUCCCUGGAGACUCCCACUUCUACUUCAACCUGCUCCACUCCACCAGCCCUGUCAUCAGGAUGCACGGCAGGGACAUCAUCCUGGGAGUCUUCUCCACCCCCGCUAACAGUAUCCCUGGUUCAGCAGUGUGUGCCUUCGACAUGGAGCAGCUGGCUCAGGUGUUUGAUGGGAGAUUCAAGGAGCAGAAGUCACCUGAGUCUAUAUGGACCCCUGUUCCUGAUGAGCUCAUUCCCAAACCAAGGCCAGGAGGCUGUGCCAUCCAGGGCUCCAGGUUCAACUCAUCCAAUGGUUUCCCUGAUGAGAUGUUGAACUUUGUGAAGACCCACCCCUUGAUGGAUGAGGCUGUACCCUCACUGGGACAGAGCCCCUGGAUUGUCAGGACCAUGGUCAGGUACCAGCUGAAUAAGAUGGUGAUGGACACAGAGGCUGGCCCCUACCGGAACCGAACGGUGCUCUUCCUGGGCUCCAGCCGUGGGACCAUCCUCAAGUUCCUGAUCGUCCCCAACUGGGACAACACUGUGUCCGGCAGCAAUGUCUUCCUGGAGGAGCUGGAGGGCUUCAACCCUGACAAGUGUGGGGAGGACACUCCGCAGGCGAGGCAUCUGUUGUCCCUGACUCUGGACCGGGUGAGCCGCUCUCUGCUGCUGGCCUUCCCCUCUUGUGUGGUCAGGGUCCCUGUGGCACGAUGCCAGCUCUACUCACGCUGCAUGAAGAACUGCAUCGCCUCCAGGGACCCCUACUGUGGCUGGACCAGGGGAAGCACCUGCUCUUUCCUCAGGCCUGGGACUAGACUGCCGUUCGAGCAAGACGUAGAACGCGGCAACGUGUCCCACUUGGGCGACUGUGACGGUCUUCUUCAGGAGUCUUUCAUUGACGAACCAGACGGUCUGGUAUCCGUCAACCUGCUGGUCGUGUCUGCAGUCUCAGCCUUCGCCACAGGGGCGGUGCUGUCUGGCCUGGCUGUCUGCUGGAUCAUGAGUCAUCGCCACCGCCACCGCACGCGAGGGGCAGGAGCCAACAACAGGAGCCGUAAAGGGGACAAAGAGCAGAACAUGCUAGGUCAGGGGCGGAGUGGCUCGGUGAUGAGUGUGACCCGUACCAGUGGCAGCGAGAGGACCCGGUCACAUUCCCAGGCAGACAACCCGUUCGUAACACCCAAUGGCUGGCCUAAAGGAGAGAUAGACCCAGGUCUACCUACUCCAGAACAGACUCCCCUGCAACAGAAACGGCCUCCACCCAGUAUGAGGCUCCCAGACGGAGACUGGGACCAGAGCCAGACCUUCCUCAACUCAGUGGGCAUGCCCUGCCCAGCCAACUCAGUCAUCUACCUGAGCUCCAAGUUCCUGCAGGAGAGAGGGGGCAGGCACGAGGACCCAGGGAACGUGGGGCCCCCCAACACGGAGCGAACACGUUACCUGGUCCUGGCCAACCACCGGGAGCCCCACGGAGGACAACCCAGGACCACCCUGAGGAACUCUGCGGGCGAGUACAACUAUCCAGCCACACCGCAGGACUCCCCAGACCGCAGGAGGGUGGUCUCAGCCCCCAGCAACCAGAUGGACUUUGGGGACGCCCCCCGCUGGACCCAUGAGGGGCUCAACUAUAACAGCAACAACGGAGUGCCCUACCACUCCCAGCGCCCGGGCCUGAUCCGGGCCAACCACCACGGCCUGGCCGACUUCAAUCACCUGAUGGGAAAGAGUGUGGGCGAGCAUACCCAUAGUGGCCAGUGAGAAGAAGAGUGCCAUGAACCCCCCUCUCUGAAACCCAUUUCCCCUCAGCAACUGGAAUAGCCCUCAGACUCUCCCAUCCCAAAUCCUGCCCUGUCUGUUCUCUCUCACUGUCAUUCAAUGUUCUGACAUCCCCUGGCGCGUAGCCUGGCUGCCUUACUGACUGACGGAAGAGACUGGGCCACCAGAAUCCAGCAGCUUAGAGAGAGAAAGAAAGAGAGAGAGUUAAAGAGAGGAGGUUAUUCUCCACAUGGCUACUGCUCUGCUCUCGCCCUGAGAGGUGCACCCCUCUGCUCCGUAAGUGGUUUAACCUGUGGAGCUGGGGCUGGACACAAUGAGACCAAUCUCAAGGACUAGUAAGCGGUGCAAGGGAAGGAACAUUUUGUGAAAAAGGAAUUUAAAAAACGGACAACCGCUUCACUGAUAAUUUAGCAUUCAGCUUCAGUUGUGAAAGGUCUCCUUCUACUAUCUUGUGCUCUGCAAGUCAUUCAUGUUGUGACAUUUUUAUUUCUGCUUUACUUUUGUGCCAGCAUCCAGGAGACAACCAUGUGUUUGUCCUUGGUUUUCAAGCCAACUCUAUCACUCAGCUCUAUCCGUCAGCUUGAGUUUGGUAGGUAUUAGCAAUGCCAGAGAACACUGAAUCACACAUUAAAGGAGAGGCUUCCUGUCUUAAUGUGAGCAUACAACACACUGGAGCUUCUUAUAGGAAUAAGCUUGAUAAUGAUGUCAACGAUUAUUCCCAUUGUGUUAACAAUCAUGGAAAAAACACAUUUCUAGUGUUUCUGAAGCUCUAUUAAGUGUUUAUAAAUCAGACCAUGUAAUGAUUAUAUCCCCACCCAAGUCUUCAGCCCAGAACUAUCAACGACAGCACUGGACUUGAACAUGUCAAAAACCAGGAGGGAGGAGAUAUGAAGAUGGUACCUUCUCAUUUGAUAAAAAGUGGAGGGAACAAGGAAAGAAGGCAGAGAAUGGUAUGAGAACUCCCUCCCUCCCCCUCCCUCUCUCCUUCUCUGUCUCCCUCCCCCUGGGUCUGUGUGACCUGACCUGAAGCCUAGGCUGCCCGACCUGGUGGAGAGGAGAACAUGUAGGGGAAUGUGAGCAUGGCUGUGGGAGAUAGCGGGUCCUGGACCCUGCCACUGGGGAGUUCCAUUCAGGCUCCUCUCCCUGACACUGAGUCUCUUUGUGCCCUGGAGCAGGAGGAGAUGGCUACAACAAAUAGCGGUUAAGAGUCAGGGCAGGCAGGACAAACCCAGCUUCCUAGCCCAGCGGAAUAUCAAUGAGGAAAGCAGCACUCCCCUGCCCGUCCCUCCGGCCCCCUCACAGACACGGGCACCGUUUGGGACUGGGGCUGAGACCAGGCAGGAUGGGUUGAUAGGGCUGGGGCUGGGACCAGGCAGGGUGGUGGGCCCACGGAUGGGUUGAUAGGACUGGGGCUGGGACCAGGCAGGGUGGUGGGCCCACGGAUGGGUUGAUAGGGCUGGGGCUGGGACCAGGCAGGGUGGUGGGCCCACGGAUGGGUUGAUAGGACUGGGGCUGGGACCAGGCAGGGUGGUGGGCCCACGGAUGGGUCGAUAGGACUGGGGCCGGGACCAGGCAGGGUGGUGGGCCCACGGAUGGGUCGAUAGGGCUGGGCCUGUCAGACUGGCAUCAUUCAGACUGUAGAUCACUAUAUCCCUGCCUUUCAGCGUCUCCCACUAGAUCUCUGGCCCAGCCGCCAUUAUCAGUCCCCAAACAUUUACAAAUCAGUGUAAACUGCAUCCCUGCGCUGGGUGCCGGGUGGCAACAUGCAUGGGAGCGCAUAGACUGGCUUCAUUAGUGGGUCUGUGGGCUGGGAGGAGCAGAGGAGUAGAACAGGAGAGAGAUGUACUGAGGCUGGAGGGGCAUAGGAGGAUCAGGGGCUGGGCUUUGUAUGACUGGCAGAGAGUGGAGGUAGAGAAACACAGCAGCACCAGUGCACACAUGUAGAUAUGUACACCGCUUAAAUACCGAGUUAUGCUGACCUGCAGGGGGAGCAGAUGGUGAGGGAACCUGGCCUGUAUAGAGCCAGCUGUGUGGUGGGCUGAGGAGAGGAGCCAGGCUGGGCGGUGGGUUUGUUUGUCUUAAUGUGAAGGGCUAACCCACUGAGGUAGAAUACUAAACGAGAUUAAUGUAGUGUAAGCACAUGAUCUAGCUGGGUAGAAAUGCCAACACAUGGCUGGGUUCAGGGAAACAGCUCAACUACUGAACGAGUGUGUGUGUGUGUGUGUGUGUGUGUGUGUGUGUGUGUGUGUGUGUGUGUGUGUGUGUGUGUGUGUGUGUGUGUGUGUGUGUGUGUGUGUGUGUGUGUGUGUGUGUGUGUGUGUGUGUGUGUGUGUGUGUUUGAGUGCGUGUGUCUGUGUGUGUGUGCUUGAGUGCGUGGGUGUUUGUUUCUGUACUUGUAUUACAGUAGUAAUGAGUGUUGCCAUGAAUGAGUAAUGUAGUGGGCUGGGGAGAGGGGGGGUUAUAGCAUUAGCACAGUGAAGACAUUCUUUACAUAUUCCAUACUAUAGUAGACAACCCCUCCUCCUCCUCCCAUCUCCAUUAUAGCCCUGAGAGGAGUGUUGCUUGAGAAUAUGGGGCCUUGACAAAGUUUUGACCCCCUGUUGCCCCUUCUCCUCUCUGUCACCCCGCUAGUUGCAUCCCCUAAGUGCAGUGUGUGAUUGAGUCCUGCUCUGCCUGCCCAGCCAGCCGUGCUCCAGCUCCCUCUCUUACACUGUUUCACUAAACAUGCUUGAUUAGGCAAAGUACAUCCCAUCCCCUAAUGGUGUGAUGAGCCCCUGAGAAGAUUACUACAGACACAUCGAGAGGGAGACGAGCACCCACUCUCAUCCCCAGAAAUCACCCCUGCAUACACACACACACACCCUCACUCGCACACGUGCACACACACACACACACACACACACACACACACACACACACAGCACCCUAACCAAAUUCAGGAUGUAAUUUCAUUACCAUCCGCUGUCAUCACCAGGCCAGGGAGGAGGGAGGCUUGUAGCUCAGACCCAGAGAUGUGGCUCAGACCCAGAGAUGUGCUCUUUGGAAGAGCCACAUGAUAAUAUGAUUCUCUUAGUCCCCCAUGACUAUAUAUUAAAGAAUCUAGGGUUCCCCUUUCUAUAGCGCUUCAAGCUUGCACACAGACGGACACACACAUAUACACACACACACACACAUACGUGUUUCACACACACAAUCAGCCUCUUCUUCUCUACCCCAUGAUGUAUAAUCAUGCUGUGUCCCUCUGUUGUUUAGCUGCUACAAUCAAACAGAGGCAGUUUUUAAAUGUGUCAACACCAGAAUGAGAAAUCUGGGUAAUUUACUGUGAAGCGCUCCAAAAUCUUUGCUCUUUGAAAAUCAGAUAUGAAAUGUUUUAACUGUUUUUUCAUACAUUAGCAAUCCUCUGAUGCAGUAAAUUGUUUUCUUUGGCAGCCAUUUCUUUCUGCUGGGAGAUUUUUGUUUGGUUCUGUUUGAUAUGUAGCUCACACAGUGUCGCCCCCUCCCUCCCCCUCCCUCCCCCUCUCCCACAUGACCCGAUCUGUGUGUAUAAAUAUCAUGGACUGUGUGUGUGUGCCUGAGGCCAUGCCAUUGUCUGUUGUUGGCUCGUUUUCCUCGGUAACCCAGUGAUUAGCUAAUGGCCCCCGGCCAGAAACUGCCAUGUCGGGAUGGGACACCCUAGAAAGAGCCAAACCAAAUAAGGAGACAUGUAACCCAGUCUGCUGAGGAAUUAACGCAGACAGCAGACAUUUUACUCAUCCAGCGAAACACAUCGAAGGAUAAGCACAAAAACGUUUGCAUUUUUGUAAAGUUGUAGAGAACAUUCUAUUUAGUCCGCACUGAUCAUUCUUGUCAUGUUUUCAUAAUUUUUCAUUUUUUUUGUCUCUAUGGUAAUAUUUGUUUGGGUUUUUUGGGUUUUGUUGUAUUGGAUUUUGAUUUGCUCUCUGGUGUGUGAGUUUGAUGAUGAUGAUGAUGAUGAUGAUGAAGAAGAAGAUGAUGAUGAUAUUGAUUAGGAGGAAGAUGAUGGUGAUGAUGAUGAUUAGGAGCAAGAUGAUGAUGAAGAUGUGUAUGACGAAGAGGAUGAGGAUAAUGAUGAUUCUGUACUGUGAACAGCAUCUCAGUAUUUGCACCCACUCUGAUGCCUGAGUCGUGUCUGAGAGGUGGAGAAGAGGAGAGGAGAGGAGCUGGCAAUACAUACUGGCGAUCACGAUGAAGUGAACUUUCCCACAAAGAGAACUUUCCCACUCGAGUCUCCUGCUACUGUGACAGUCCUGUGGCUCUCACCAGAGGCUGUCUGUCCCUGUCUGUGACCAGGGACACUGUCAUUAAAAAACACCAAGUGUCCCUGUGUGUACAUAAUCUCAAUGCUUAAAUGUAAUUUAAGUGCAGUAGCUGCAUGACACAGCCUCUGUGUGUACAUAUGUAGAGACAUGUGAAUUUGUACAGUACAUGCAAGUGUGUGUGCUUGUGUCCGCAAAUGUCCAUCAGACAAACACAUGCAUGCACCCUCAAGCAACUGCACAAGACACACACACACACACACACACACACACCCUUCAGCAGUUGAACACCAUUUCCACAUCAUCCUCAGCGCUGCCUGUCACUUAGCAUGGAGACUUUGCUCUCUGUCAACUUUCUUAUUCUAAUAAACCACUCAGACAUUGAC